AUGCUGGGCAAUAUGCCAACUUUUGAACGCUGCCGGGCCUACUACGGUACCGAUUCCACCCGGGAUCAUCCGCCCGCCUCCGCUGCGUGGUCCGCCACAAUUUUUUCCUCAUUCACGUUUGCCGUCUCCGACGCCACACUACUUGUGAAGACUUCGUCAACCAUGGCCGGAAUGGGACAGCCUCGUCACUCCGUAUACGUCGGAAACCUGCCGUACCAGACCACCGAAAACGACCUCGGCAACUUCUUCAGCCAGGCCGGACAAGUCACCAAUGUCAGGAUCGUCUACGAUCGUGAGACCGGACGUGCCAAGGGAUUCGGAUUCUGCGAGUUCGCCGACGAGGGAGGAGCCCAGAACGCCAUCAACAUGUUCAACGGAGCCGACUUCAAUGGCCGUGCCCUCCGCGUUAACGCCGCCAACCGA